CCAUGUCAUUCAGGGUCUCUAACCAUCGGUUGCUAUCAUUUCGCAGUCCCCAACCAGGUAGUCUACACCUACCAACAUGACUCAGUCCACUUGUCAAUGACUUCAUGGAUUUGUGCCAUGUUUUGGUCUGGCCGCCUCUAGCUUUCUUCCAAUCUACUCCUAUACAAAAAAACAUCGCACAUCGAGGCAGUCGGUGGUCGGUAUGUAUAUAGAUAUAUGACACUUAUCAUGGUAUGGUAUUUUGUUUGAUUUCUAAUGAAAUGAUACAUUUUAGUGAUUUAGAAAGAAAAACCGGACUACAAAUCAAGUGAUUGCAUAAAUGGUAAGUAUACUAAAUGAUCGAAAGAAGAAAUUCAAAUUUCAACUUGUUAUUUGAAUGUGAAUUGUGAAUUACUGUUUGCUUGUAAUUCGUUUUUCUAAGAAACGUCUUUAUAUGCUCGUCUUUGAUCUACACUUAUUGUGUAAAUUCUAGUAAUACUAUGUGAACGAUUAAACUAGAGCAAAUGAAACGAAGGUUCGAUCUUUGAUCUACUGUUCAGUCAAUCGUCAUACUGUAAAUAUAAUUCGCCAGCCUUAAUAACAUUAAGAACGAUUAUUACUAAUUAUAAAACUAACAAUUAAUCAUCAAUAUAGGACGAAUUCAUUUCAAAUUAACCAUAGUAUAGAAUGGAUAGUGCUUAAUGUAAUUGUGAGUCACUUGAACGAAUGACAUAUAUUUGCAUCAGAUAUCUGGUUAUUUACAUGUGAUGUAAACUCAAAGCUUGUUUACUUGACCGUAAUGCGUGGAACUAUGAAGCUUGGAGUAAAGUGUCAUCUGAAUUAAAUGGAAGUCUAGCAUCUCAUUUUGUGACAAAAAAAAGUAUUCCAAGAGAAACCUUAUCACUUAUAUUUUAUAUUUCAGUUAGAGACUAAUUCUAGGUUUAGGAUCUCUUUAGAAUUGCACAAUCAUGAACACAUCGUGGAUUGCACCUAGGACAUCUAAAUAUUGUAACGAGCACUCCUUUUUGUUAUACCACUAAAUUGACAUCCAAUGAAUUUAUUAAAAUAGACUGAACGGAGUUCGGACCAAUAACUUGGUGACUGAAAAUAAAAGGUCUAAACCACCUUCUUAACAAAUCAUUAGAGGAAAUUAUGUCAAUCAUGAUCCGUAGCAUUCGAUCUGCACUAAUAAAGACUAGACACGCAUGACAUUGAUCACCACCCAGUGAUCAAUCAAUUGUGAUUACAUCUCAGUCCUACAGGAGGUCAGUCGCGGCUCGGAUAGCUCAGUGGUAACGUCUCUGAGUGUGAAGCUGGGUAACACGAGAUCGAAUCCGCCAGGGAGUAUCAGUUCCCUCAAGAUUACAGGUACACCUUGCUGACGAGUGCCAAGUAGCACGAAACCCUGGUCCAGGGUAUCCUGUCAACUACGUCCAAUCACCAUCUAAUGAUGUCAAUCAAAUAUAUAUAUAUACAUACAAAAAUGAUUAAAACGACGAAGAAACAAACAAACUAUAUCAUUACUUUUGAUUGUUGUUCAUUUUUAUCUAAAUUAUUCAAAUCACUUGAUUUGUCCUGUGUAAAACGUUCACUACUACUAUUAUUAUCAUUAUUAAUAGUAGUAGUGGAAGUAGUAGCAGUAGUAGUAGUAGCAAGAGUAUUAUUGUAAUCUUUGAAAUGAUCAUUCAUCAUUGAAGAUGGAUGUCUAGAAGGUUGAGGAAGAUAAUUCAUUUGUGAUAAAUUGGAAAUAGAUUGUUUUUGAGGUUGUUGAAAAUGUUGUUCGUUUGUAAAUGAAUUUUCAUAUUUGGUAGAUAAGAAAUUCCGACUAUUAUUGGAUGACUGAAAUAUUAGAAAAAUAAAACAAAAUUUAAUUUAAUGAGGAUUGUAUUUUGACGCACACACACACACACACAGAGAGAGUUUAGGUUCCCACUAGGACAAUAAUACAGGCAUGUUAAACAGUUAUCAUCAUUAGAUUGAGGAAUAUCUGAAUCAAUCUUUAGUUUUGUUACUUGAAAGUACUGAAUUAUAUUUCGAAAUGGGCUUUGGGAUCAGUUUUAGUUUAUUUAUUUAAACACAUAAAAAAUGGUACAAGGGGGCGCCAAAUACAUAUGCGCCACACAGAUUUCAUUUGAUAUGUGUGAGGGCUGUGAUACUGCGAGGGUGCCCAAACCGAAACAGGUGGUUUUCUUAGGGGGCCAUAUCCGGAGCCUUCGACCUAAAGGUCUAGUCCGCAAGGCAGUGGAGCAUCGUAAGGAGAUGCAGUCCCAUGGUAGCCGGUGGCCAACGAUUGGUUCAUACACCAUUUGUUCACUCAGGAUACUGGAGACCAUGUGCACCAUUGGUUUGGAAUCAGGGUUUUCCAACUCCCCUAGAUGGAUCCUUCAUAUCCACCAACCCGGUUAAAGCACUACACAUUCGCUUUUCGUCCUCUCAAUUUCGUAGACAACACCCUUGUAGCGAGAAGGCAGUGAAUAGGGCUUCCUUGUCAGUGGAUGUAUGCACGUGGCCACUUGAGAGCAUUUCUAGAGGGAGAGCUGACUCUCCGCAUUCUCGGCCGUACCAGAGCAUUGUAAAUCAGUCAGUAAGUCAAAAGCAUUUAGGGGGAGGAUGAGUUAUAUUCAAAAUAUCACUCGAUAUAUGGCAGGAAUUAAUAGACAAAAGUGGGUGUUAAGUUUGUUUUACAUUGUUCCUACAUGUUCCUUUUCUACUCUUUUGUAUGUUGUUUUAUACUACUUAUUUACAUUCAGUAGGCAGCUGUAUGCCCAACAAUUUUCACACUUACGUUGUAACUCAAGUUGUGCUGUAACAUUCUGGAAUGUUCACAGAUAUCUUUAACGUUUAAUUUACUUAUCAUUGUAUUUAUCAUUAUAAUCACUGUAAUUUAAUUACUGUAACGGUUAUACACUGUUUUAUGCAUUUGUUUAAACGCAACAGUUUCCAUAUUGCUUGCUCUUGGUUCGAGUUUCGGUUGUUCAUAAACUGUUAUCAAAUUUAGACACAGCUAUCGGCUGUCUUUGGACUAUCGAAGUCUUUGCUAUUUUCAUUCUUGAACGACGCGUUUAAACGCCUAGACACCUCACAAGUUGAGAACCGCUUUUGUAGACAAAUCGUUGUUUUGGAACUUCGAUUUUGCGCGUAUCUCAAUCGGGGUUACUUGGACGCUUCGAUAGAAUUAACAGUUCUCAACUUUGGUCUCAUUUGGUGUGGAUACAGUUCUGAACUUUGGUCCUAAUUGGAGGGAAUACUUGCUGUAACGAAUUUGGUCGGAAUCCUGUUUGGUUCAUUCAUCCCAACGAUGACUAGAACGAGAAGAAUGAAGUACAACGAUGACAGUUCCCAAGACAAAGACAAUUCCAGUGCUGAAAAUAUUAUUCCUUCAGUUUCUAAGGUGAACUCACCUAUUCCUUUAAAUCUUGCCUUUGAUAUUGUUAAACCUAACCCCAAAGACAGUUGCUCGGUAGGAGACAACUAUAUAGAGACUAGAUACAGCGUAGAAGACGAAGUGGACUCUAGGGAAAGGGAAGUAGAAAAGAUUGAGCUGGAGAUUAGAGAACUCCAACUACGCAAGCGAUUGUUAGAGCUAACUCCGAACUCUUCAAACAAAGUGAGAAGACCUAGGGAGACUACCGAGUUGUCGGGGUCUCGAUCCGAGGAUAGAACUUCAGUAGUUACGGCUAGUCACCGACACACCAAUGUACUUUCGAGCGAUGAAAUGCAAUUCAAAGCACAGGUAGAUAGCGUCAAGGCGCUAUGUGUGUCAGUAAGCUUACCGAAGAUAGAAAUCAUGAAGUUUGACGGGAGCCCUCUGAAAUUUUGGACGUUCAUGAAGGGUUUCAAGGUUAACAUAGCUGACAGAGUAAAUGAUGACACUCAGAAAUUAAUGUACUUGAUACACUAUUGCGAAGGUAUAGCAAAGGAUGCUAUAGAACACUGUGUUUUAUUACCAGAAAAAGAAGGUUAUAUUGAGGCAAUUAAACUUCUACAUGAACGGUUCGGCAGACCACAUGACAUCGUAGAAGCCUUCUUAACAGAACUGUUAAGUGGAUCACCAUUGAAUCAAGACGACAUAUCGGGCCUACAGAAACUGACAAGACUCAUGACUAAUUGUAAGAUAGCCUUGUCACAGAUGGGCAGGAAUGCCGAUCUGAAUUGUUCGACCAACAUAAAACGAAUAGUGAAACAACUACCACGUAGUAUACAGUUUAAAUGGGCGGAGGCCGCGGACGAUAUUUUAAGAAAGGGGCUAGAGCCCAAUUUUGAUGAUUUAUUGCAAUUCUUAGAAAAGAAAGUGUCAAUCGCCACAAACACAUACGGACAGUUAGCAAGCGGAAGUGAUAAAGCUCAAACGAUAUCGAACAACCGGUCGGCUUCCAUAAGAGCUAAGAUCCAUACUUCGUCGAUUAAAGGGACAGUCCAUUGUGUAAUUUGCUCGGAUGCCCACGAAGUCGCGUCUUGCCCUCAGCUGCUGGAAGUAAGUCACAACGAAAAAGUAGAAUUGCUGAAGAAGUUUAAACUUUGCUUCAAUUGUUUAAAACCCAAUCAUCGAGCCACAGACUGCAGACAACCCGUGUUGUGUGAAAUUGAUGGAUGCAAGCGACGCCAUCAUAGAAUUCUUCACAACACAGAACCUGAUGCUAAACAAGCAUGUUGUAACUCUACUCAUACUACUGGAACGUAUUUAGGCUUUGUACCAGUCAGGCUACAUGGUCCCACAGGUUAUGUGAAUACCUAUGCAUUGUUAGAUAAUGGCUCAGACUCAACAUUACUGCUUAGUGACGUGGCAAAGCAGGUAGGAAUUUCUGGUACAGUGACAAGAUUAAACAUAUCUUCGGUAAUUGGAGCGUCAUCUCAAAACGCUGAACUUGCCAAUUUCGAAAUUGAGUCUUUAGAUAAGACCAACCGAAUAAAAACCGAAGGUGCAUAUACUAUAGAUAACCUACCUAUUAAAAGGGCAGAAAUCCCACCAACGGACUUCCAAGAAAGAUGGAAACACUUGAAAGGUGUACAGCUACUCACCAUAGCCUGUGACAAGGUUGGUUUGUUACUUGGUGUCGACGUUCCAGAGGUUCACUGGGUCCUCGAUCAGCGUAUCGGAAAACCUAAACAACCCUAUGCCUCACUAAACUAUGUUAGGAUGGGCUUUAUUUGGACCAACGGACCAACUUAUUAAAUCUUCAGUCUUCAUAAACGGUUUAGAAGCAAAGAGUUCUAUCGAGGAUAGACCCACGCCACCCCUUUCUUUAGCCACAGUAGCGCCUGAAAACUCUUCAAAUCGUUCGUUGCCGUUCAUAGAUGAUCUUGGUUUAUGCCUUAAACACUCUCCUGAUGUGGCACUCUUAGUCGAUAAUGAUGAUGUACACUCACUCAUAGUAGCAGCAGCCGCUGUUGAGACUGAAGAUUCCAGGGUUCAUCAAGGUUUACCGCCAGUUCGUUCUUCUGGAUUUGACACUCCACCUGAUUCAAGAAGUAACCGAAUUAUAGACACCUUUGAUUCUGUAUCUAAAGCGACAGACGAGAAUCUAAUGGAUUUAGAACAAGUUAUUUCAUUACCAGCUGUUGACGAUGAGUACCUUCUAAAAACUGCCAACGAUCGUCAUGUCGAUACAGUAGUGAAUAUUGACCUUAGAUGUAUUUCUCCUCCAGACAAAAUUCUUCCAACAGAUAGUGGCGAGUUAAUGUCAUCGAAAACAUCUGUUAUGUUCUCUGCCGAAACAGAUCUCCCUGGUGUUUCUGACGUAAACGUUAGUGCUAAGUCUGUGAUACUACUACACGAGUCAUCAAUUAGUUGCAAAGCAACAACAACUCAGUUCUCUGCAAAUACGAAACUUGUAUCUCCUGUAGUGGCGUCUGCUGAGAGUUCUAUUGACAUCAAGCGUGAUAGAGAGAAUCAGAAAGAUGAUUGUUUUAUUCAGUCUGCUGAUGAUGAUAAGAAGUUUACGACAACUACAUCCAUGUCCCCUUUAGUUGGGUUAGACAAGCAGAUACAACAUCCAUUACCAGACUUUAAGGAUAGUAGAGUAGCUACAGAAAUGACUCAUUGGAACAUAGAAUGGCACCAUAACACUCCCUACGCAAAUCAUCAUCGAGUAUGGGAAAGAUUAAUAGGAAGCAUACGCAGACCUUUGAGCGCAGUAUCUAUGUCCUACGAGACACUCACCACCUGUUUGACUGAAGCAGAAAGAAUACCUAAUGAUAGACCACUCUUACAGACGCGACCAAAAUGGACACAAGGAAGACGAGAUUUACAAGUUCGCGGUCCAGUCUUGAUUAUUGGGGACACUUAUGCACGAAAUAACUGGCCUAAAGACCUCGUGGUAAGUUUUGACCCAGGAGGAGAUGGUCUAUGGAAACAAGCGAAGAUCAGAACGUGGAAAGGUACAAUUAUUAGAGACAUACGUAAAAUUUGUUUAUUAGAAGGAGCUGACGACCGAAAAGUAGAGAAUAGAGAGACUUUUCAGAGUGACUGUGGCUAGAGUAAAUCGUACCAUUGUCACCUCUGAAUGUUUUUACGUUAAUACCUAAUCAGCGAAAGUAAGGAAAGACAUGCUGUCUUCGGGGGGCGGUGUUAAGUUUGUUUUACAUUGUUCCUACAUGUUCCUUUUCUACUCUUUUGUAUGUUGUUUUAUACUACUUAUUUACAUUCAGUAGGCAGCUGUAUGCCCAACAAUUUUCACACUUACGUUGUAACUCAAGUUGUGCUGUAACAUUCUGGAAUGUUCACAGAUAUCUUUAACGUUUAAUUUACUUAUCAUUGUAUUUAUCAUUAUAAUCACUGUAAUUUAAUUACUGUAACGGUUAUACACUGUUUUAUGCAUUUGUUUAAACGCAACAGUUUCCAUAUUGCUUGCUCUUGGUUCGAGUUUCGGUUGUUCAUAAACUGUUAUCAAAUUUAGACACAGCUAUCGGCUGUCUUUGGACUAUCGUAUGUUGUAAUCAUUCUUUAUGUUACUCUUACAGGAAGUCUUUGCUAUUUUCAUUCUUGAACGACGCGUUUAAACGCCUAGACACCUCACAAGUUGAGGUUUGUAACUAAAUUUUGUGUAUUAUUUAAUAAAGAACCGCUUUUGUAGACAAAUCGUUGUUUUGGAACUUCGAUUUUGCGCGUAUCUCAAUCGGGGUUACUUGGACGCUUCGAUAGAAUUAACAGUGGGUUAAAUAGAACAUUUUGUGAGCCAAGUAUUAUCAUAUAUAUAUCUUAUUACAUAAUCUGUUGAACAGACAGAUAAGCUGAGCUGUCAAGAUUCUAAGCGUGUACAACCACUUGCGCUUUUUGACAUCCAACUCACAGUUCAGAUAAGUGCUUGAUAAUGAAGUGAACAAGGAAAAUCGUGGCCUGAAUAGUUCAGUGAUAAUGCCUCAUAUUGCGAAAUGAGGUAAACAGAGUUUAAACUCCCAAGGGAAGUAUUAGCUUCUUCAAAAUUACAGGGACACCUUAGUGUUUAUUGUCAAUUACCACGAAACCUAGAUCAAGUAGGGUUUCUUGAUGACUAUUUUCAGCCACUUAAAAUCUCAACACAGAGAUUAUGAUGUUGAUUCAUUCAGACUAGUGGUCGCAUUGCAGCAGUGGAAUUCGAUAAGAACUAAAGGACUAGACAACUAUAACGUUGGUAGCUACUCAGUGAUUAAUCAGUUGGAAACCCUCUGUACAUACGAUUCUGGUAUAACAUUAAAGACGUUGACUGCUAAGGAUUUUGAAAAUAUGUUUGGAAUGAUAGAAAUAAAGAUUACGAAAGUGCUUUGCCAAAAGUGUAGAACAUAUUUAAAGAGAUAAGACUGGUAUAUAUCAAAUAUGGUAAAAUAAAAGUUUUAUAGACCUAGUUCUUAUAUUUACUGAAUAGACUACUUAAUUUUCUAAAUGUCUAUUCUUUCCCAUCUGCGAACGUUCAUAAAAAAAAGAAUUCCGUCCCUAUUAUGUCCAUUUCAAUCCAUGAAUUCUAAUGAAAUCGGAUCUCAUUUGUUUAAAUGACAGAUAGAGAGAAAAUGACCUACUUUAACCAUCCAUGAUGAUCCCGAUUGUGGUUCUGCAAAAAUAAACUUUGCAAUAAGUUGUAUUGUCUUUUCAUUAAUAUGUAUGAGACAGUUAACAGUGUUGGGUGGUGCCUAUAUCAUUCAAUAUCUUUUCAUACACCCACGUCUGUAUAGCUUGUUUCCGAAGGAAGUCCCAAUUGAUUGUCUUUACAUGGUAGAGGUAUUUCUUUGAAAGUAAGGGGAUGUAAAGCGGACGUUCAGUGCUUAAACAGGAUUGUUAUAAAAGAGCCCUGACCUAGGAGAAUUGAAAAGUACUGAUAUACAUGUUCUUUUGACUCGUGAAGCAACAAGUCGAGUACAAGACUAUGCUAGUUAUCGAGUACCAUGGGAUUGCAUCCCUUGACGUUUUUCUACUACCUUAUAGACUAGAUUUUCACGUUGAAGGCUCAAGGAACGAUCUCUUGGGAAAAUCACCAACUUCUGUCUGAACUCCUAUACAGUAUCUCAGCCUACAAACACAUGAUUAGAAUUACUAAUAUGGUUAUACACAUAGUAAUAGUAGU